AUGAAAGAACAUGUAGUGAGGGAUUGGUGGAUGACUCUCAAGGGCCUCAUUUUCCUUCCCCCGCGUCUCCAUCGAAGAGUACCAGCGCUACACGGGCCACCAGUACCACCAACGCAUCCAGCUUAUCACAAAUGCGUGAGCUUCCUAGCUUACUUGCGAGAAAACUGGUAUGCUGGGCCCUUCAAGAAUAUCUGGUACAAGUGGGGGAAGUCCGAGCUUAGAACAAGCAAUAUAGCGGAAUCGUACCAUAGAGUCCUCCGCGUUCUGAUCCGAGAGCGAAACGCCCCUGUACGGAAAACCCUGAAGUGCUUGCACGGGGCCGACAAUCGUGCCAUGUGUACCCUUCGAAACCUAGAGAGGGGUAUCGCUCGAAAACUUCGACAAAAGGACAUCCUAAGGAGAGAAAAAAUCGACAGGUGCAUGCAGGAACACCGCGCCCGCCUAGAAGAACCCUUCCCCGCAAUUGAGCCAAUAGUGAAUUUUUGCAGACAUAUAUCUCGCUUUGUAUCUAAUAAAGUCAUUUAA